AUGGCCGACGAGGACGUCAACCUCUACGACGAGAUCGAGAUCGAGGACUGCUUCUAUGACGAGACCCUCCAGAUCUACCACCACCCGUGUCCCUGCGGCGACCGCUUCGAGAUCUCGCUAGGCGACAUGCGCGACGGCGAAGACAUUGCGCGCUGCCCCAGCUGCAGCCUGAUGAUCCGGAUAAUAUUCGAUCCUUCGGAUCUUCCACCAGAGCCCAAGGACGACGCUCCGCAGGCUGCUGCCAUUACCGCUUGA